AAUCUUUAAAAAAAUGUCUUUGUUCUUCUUCCUAAAGACCUCAAUUGACAUUAAAUCAUUGAAAUCCCCUUUAAACAAUGAAAAAUCGGCUUUUUAUUAGCAACAGGUCCGUUCAAUGAAACAACUUCGUUCGACAGAUGUAAACACUACUCACUUACGUGCACCAAAAAAGUCUUCCUUAGCAAUAAUUUUUAAUUUUCCAUUUUUUUUAUUACUUUUAAAUGUUGCCUUCCAUCGUAAAAAAUUCAUCACGGUGUUUGACACCCUUAUCACGAACCUUUACAUCUAAAGAUGUGUGGAAGAACAAACUUGACGUAAAAAUUGUGGAAGUUGGACCCCGUGAUGGUCUCCAAAAUGAACCGAAACUUGUUCCAACGAACGUUAAAGUCGAUCUUAUCAAUCAAUUGUCGGAAACGGGACUGCCUGUCAUUGAAACGACGAGUUUCGUCAGCCCAAAAUGGGUACCUCAAAUGGGAGAUAAUGCCGAGGUGUUCAAACAAAUUGAUAAAAAGUCUGGAGUCUCGUAUCCCUGUUUAGUCCCGAAUAUCAAAGGUUUCGAACAAGCCGUGAAGGUUGGAGUGCAAGAAAUUGCCGUUUUUGGAGCAGCUUCCGAAGCUUUCACACGAAAAAAUGUCAACUGCUCCGUCGAGGAAAGUAUAAAACGCUUCUCAGAAGUGACUGCUGCUGCAAAAAAGGCAAAUAUCAAAGUUCGAGGUUACGUGUCAACGGUCGUGGGAUGUCCUUAUGAAGGACGAAUUAAACCCGCAGCAGUUUGCAAAGUCGUCGAAGCGUUACUCGAUUUGGGCUGUUAUGAAAUCUCGCUCGGAGACACGAUCGGCGUUGGAACUCCAGGUACAUUUGGCGAAAUGUUGGAUUCCGUGACGAAAGUUUGUCCUAAAAAACAACUCGCCGUGCAUUGUCACGACACUUAUGGACAAGCCCUUGCGAAUAUCUUGGAGUCCUUGGAUCAUGACAUAACAGUUGUCGAUGCGUCAGUUAGUGGAUUGGGGGGAUGUCCUUAUGCGAAAGGAGCUUCCGGGAAUGCAGCUACGGAAGAUGUUGUUUACAUGUUACACGGGUUGGGAUUGAAAACUGGAGUGGAUUUGGACAAACUUAUUAACGUUGGAGGAUUUAUUUGUGAUUUCUUGGAUCGACAAAGUCAGUCGAAGGUCAAUCAAGCCUUGAGAAGCACUUUGGGAGAAAAAUGUCGUCAAAAAUAAUUUUUUUAUCUGAAAAAAAUUGAAGAGAAAAGGAUGCAUUUAUAACAAAAAAAUUGAUUCAAAAGAGAUUUUACUAUUUUUUUUAAAUAAAUAACAAACAAACACAUAC